AUGAUCCCCAAGGAGCAGAAGGGGCCAGUGACAGCUACCAUGGGGGACCUCUGUGAACCAGUCCCUUUGCUGGACCUGGGCAAGAAGCUGAGCGUGCCCCAGGACCUGAUGAUGGAGGAACUGUCUCUGCGCAACAACCGAGGCUCCCUCCUCUUCCAGAAGAGGCAGCGCCGCGUGCAGAGGUUCACCUUUGAGCUUUCAGCCAGCCAGCAGGCGCUCCUGGCUGGAAGCGCCAGAAGGAAGGUGACUGCAACAGCGGAGCCAGGGAAGGUUGCCAACGGCCCUGAGGGCCACGAGGGGCAGAACUACCGCUCGGAGCUCCACAUCUACCCGGGCUCGACCAGAGGCCCUGAGGGCUCCCACCCUGCAGCCGCACGGGCAGAGAGUGCCCGCAGCCCCAGCGCCCUGGCUCCAGGCUACGCGGAGCCGCUGAAGGGUGUCCCCCCGGAGAAGUUCAACCACACGGCCAUUCCCAAGGGCUACCGCUGCCCGUGGCAGGAGUUUGUCAGCUACCAGGACUACCAGAGCGAGGCCCAGGCUCGGAGUCACACCCCCAGCCCUGCCGACUACCGAAACUUCAACAAGACCCCAGUGCCAUUUGGAGGACCCCUCGUGGGAGAGUUCAUUCCCAGAGCAGCCACCCCCUUUGUCCAGGAGCCCUUCAGUGGCCUGGAACUUCUGCGCCUCAGACCCAACUUCAAUAGAGUGGCCCAGGGCUGGGUCCGCCACCUCCCCGAGUCCGAGGAGCUGUAGCCCGGCCUGAGCCUGCAGGUCCUCAGUCUCGGCUUCUGGGUAACACCCGGAACCAAGACUUGAGGACUGUGCGGCGCAGUUCGUGAGGGGCCUUCUCACACAAGACCGAUCGCAAAUGACCUCCAGGGUCACAACGUUGAGUAGUACCUGAUACGGGGUGCAGCAGCCCCCUGUGUACUCCAGUACCCCGCGACCUCCGGUACCCCGUGUGCUCUGGCAUCCCGUGUCCUCCUGCAUCCCCAUGCACUCCGGCACCCAGUGAGCCCCAGCCCCCGUGUCUUUCGGCGCCCUGUGUACCCCGGCACCCAGUGAGCCCCAGCCCCCUGUGUUCUCCAGCACCCUGUGUGCCCCAACACCCCAUGUCCUCCGGCACCCCCAUGUAUUCCGGUGCCCCGUGUACUCCUAGUAUAGAUUUCUGGUGUCCCAGCCUUGCAGCCUUAGAAUCGCCUGAGCUGG